AAUUCAGUACCGUAUUAACGAGAGAAAUUGAAAAUUCAGUGUGUGCCUGCGUCUCUCUGUUUAUCCAAACAACCAGGCGGCAGGAGAUACUGAGCAUAGAAAUGCGAGCUUUUUCCCACAAACUGACAGACCAGAGUAUAUAAAUUAUCUGUUGGGGCCAUGUCCUUGUUGGUAAAGACCACCAACUGUUCGCGUUUAUCUUCAACCGCCAUGGCAGUGUGCUCAAGCUUUUGCCUUCACAUUCCAACCCGCCUUACAAAAUCAUUCCCUGCAAAGCCACACUCUCUCUCUUUCAAGGCUUUCUCUUCUCAAGCAUCCAAUGCUUCAUCCAAAGAUGAGUUGCCAGCACGCGUGGGGUUCCUAGGCCUCGGAAUUAUGGGUUCUCCAAUGGCACAGAACCUCAUAAAAUCUGGGUGUGAUGUGACUGUUUGGAAUAGGACCAAAAGCAAAUGUGAUCCGCUUAUCAGCUUAGGUGCAAAAUAUAAACCCUCUCCUGAGGAAGUGGCUGCAUCUUGUGAUGUCACAUUUGCCAUGCUUGCCGACCCUGAAAGUGCUGUUGCUGUUGCUUUGGGGAAGCAUGGAGCUGCCAAUGGAAUGAGUUCAGGAAAAGGGUAUGUGGAUGUUUCAACUGUUGAUGUUGCAACUUCUAAAUUGAUUGGCGGAAAUAUCAAAGCUACUGGGGCAUCGUUUUUAGAGGCACCAGUUUCAGGUUCAAAAAAGCCAGCUGAAGAUGGGCAACUAAUAUUUCUUACUGCAGGUGACAAAUCUCUGUAUGAAACAGUAGCAUCCCUUUUGGAUAUCAUGGGGAAGUCAAGAUUUUACCUUGGAGAGGUCGGAAAUGGUGCUGCUAUGAAACUUGUUGUCAACAUGAUUAUGGGAAGUAUGAUGGCAUCCUUUUCUGAGGGCUUGCUUCUCACUGAGAAAAUAGGACUGGACCCGAAAGUACUAGUUGAGGUCGUCUCACAGGGAGCCAUUAGUGCACCAAUGUACUCAAUGAAAGGCCCAUCAAUGAUUCAAUCCGUCUAUCCUACCGCAUUUCCAUUGAAGCAUCAACAGAAGGACAUGAGGCUUGCUCUGGCAUUGGCAGAAUCUGUUUCCCAAUCUACACCGAUUGCAGCAGCUGCAAAUGAACUAUACAAGGUCGCAAAAUCACACGGCCUCAGCGACGAGGACUUUUCAGCGGUCAUUGAAGCAUUGAAACCGAAAGUUGAAGCACUAGGCACAGUACUUGAUAUAGUCACUUUUAGAGAAGUAAUUAGCGAUGUGUGUAAUUUGACCCGAGCCGUUUUGUCAUUCUAUUUUUGCUGAAGAGAAAUCGUAUCUUACACAUUUGGCAA